AUGGAAAUAUCUGCUGACGUCACAAUUGGGGAAAACGUCGCUAUUGAGGCAAAUUCCAAAUGGCUGGUUUGGAGGAAGUACAGUAUGAAGGAAGAUACCAAAUACACCAAAGCAGCAGACCAGUUUGUGUGCCACACGGAGGCCAUAGCAGACAUUGUGAUCCUGGUAGAUGGUUCCUGGAGUAUUGGAAGGAAUAACUUUCGACUGGUCCGCAUGUUCCUGGAAAAUCUUGUCAACGCAUUUAACGUGGGCAUUGAUAAGACCAGGAUAGGACUGGCUCAGUAUAGUGGUGAGCCAAGGAUGGAGUGGCACCUCAAUGCUUUCACAACUAAAGAUGCUGUACUUGAUGCUGUGAAGAACCUUCCUUACAAAGGAGGAAACACUCAAACAGGCCUCGCACUGUCCUACAUCUCUGAGAAUUGUUUUAAGCCUGAGUCUGGUGCCCGUGUCGGUGUACCUAAGAUUGGGAUCCUCAUCACUGAUGGGAAGUCUCAGGAUGAUGUUAUCCAACCUGCACAAAGCCUGCAAAAAGAUGGUGUUGAGCUGUUUGCUAUCGGUGUGAAGAAUGCUGAUGAGAAUGAGCUGCGCUCCAUCGCUUCCGAGCCCCACGACUCUCAUGUAUACAAUGUCGCUGACUUUAAUGUUAUGAGCUCCAUUGUUGAAGGGCUGACCAGAACAGUGUGUGAACAAGUGGAGCAGCAAGACAAGGACAUAAAACAACAACAGCCACCCGAGAGAACUGAACCACCGUCAAGCCUGCUGACAUCAGAGAUCACAGCCAGGAGCUUUCGAGUGACAUGGAGCCACUCCCCUGGAAAUGUGGAGAAAUACCGAGUGGUUUAUUAUCCUGCUCAAGGAGGACAGCCGCAGGAGGUUGUGGUAGAAGGCCAAGACACCUCAGUGGCGUUGCAGCAUCUCAACUCGCAGACAGAAUACCAGCUGUCUGUGUUUGCUGUGAAUGAAAAUAAGACUAGUGAACCACUGAGAGGAUCGGCGACAACUUUGGCUCUUCCCUCAGUGACAGGCCUCCAGCUGUUCGAUGUGACUCAUAACAGCAUAAAAGCAAGAUGGCACAGUGUGGAGGGAGCGUCAGGCUACAUGUUGCUUUAUGCGCCGCUCACAGACGACGGCGACAUGGACGAGAAAGAGGUCAAGGUGUCAGAUGCAGUGACAGAGCUGAAGUUGGAUGGUCUGAUCCCACACACUGAGUAUACCGUCACUGUUUAUGCAAUGUAUGGAGAGGAGGCCAGUGACCCCAUUACCAAUCAGCAAACUACGUUAUCACUGCAUCCCCCCAGUAACCUCCAAUUCUCUGACAUCACCCACAACUCGGCACGCAUCAGCUGGGACGCUUCAGGAAGAGGAGUUACGGGUUAUCGUAUCAUGUGGGUCAAAACACACGGGCAGGUCACAGAGGAGGUGGAAGUUGGGCCUGUGAGCUCGUAUGGCCUCAGUGGACUGACAUCACUGAUGGAGUACUCAGUAGCUCUAUUUGCACUGUAUGAUGAGGACCAAUCAGAGGCACUCGCUGAUAGAUUCACAACAACUCCAGUUCCAGGUCCCCUACACUUUCGUUCCAGUGAUGUCAGUCCAGACAGUUUUCAGGUAAUCUGGGAUCACUCAGCUGAUGACAUCAUCAUCUACAGACUUUCCUGGGCACCAUCCACAGGUGGCGACACAAAGGAGGUAGUCCUGAGUAGAAGUGAUAACCGAUACAUCCUGACUGAUCUGAGCCCCUCCACUGAGUAUGAAGUUAUGUUGACGGCAGUUUUCAAAGACCAAUCAGAGAGCGCCACUGUCUCUGUCACAGAGACCACAUUGGCCAAGACAACAAUCGCCACUACAACCUCGGCUCCCCGUCAAGCGAUGAGAAACCUUCAGCUGAGAGAAGCGACAACCCAGAGCCUGGAGGCAUCAUGGGAGCUGGAUGACCCUCGUGUGGAGAGCUACAGGGUGUCCUAUGACAGCCUCGGGGGCCAUGACAAAGAGGAGAUGGUGCUGGUUCCUGGUGGUCAGAAAAGAUUGUUGCUGGAAUCUUUACUUCCUGACACUCAGUACAAAGUCAAAGUCACGCCAGUGUACACCAAUGGAGAAAAUGGCAUCAGCGUGUCAACACAGGGGACCACAUUGCCUCUCUUGUCUCCUGAAAACCUCCGUGCAUCAGAGGAGUGGUACAACCGCUUAAGGGUCACCUGGGAUCCACCACUAGCUCCUGCCGUGGGUUACAAGAUCCUCUACCAGCCAGUCUAUGUAACAGGACCGGUCUUGGACACUACUGUGGGCGAGCAUAUAAACUCGGUUCUCCUCCCGAACCUUCUGAGUGGAACAGAGUACAGCAUUCAUGUGGCUGCGUCCUAUCCUGCAGGACAAAGUGAACCACUGCUUGUGAACGCCAAGACAUUGUUUUUGGGCAUCACUGACUUGACAGUCUCUCAGGUGCGACACAACAGCAUGUGUGUGCAAUGGCAGCCUCAUCUGCACGCUACGCUAUACAGAGUCUCCAUCCAGUCUACUCUCAACAGUCAGCGACAGGAAGUGAGCCUGGGGGGCGGGGCUUCCCGACAAUGUUUCCACGACCUUGUUCCAAGCAGCCAAUAUGAGAUCAGCGUUCAUGCCCAGAUGCAUGAAAUGGAAGGACCUCCCGUCUCCAUCACGGACAUGACACUGCCAACACCCACUCAGGCUCCGACUGAACCUCCUGCCACAGAGCCCCCUCCCACAAUCCCGCCUGCUAAAGAAGUGUGCAAGGAGGCCAAAGCUGACCUGGCCUUCCUGGUGGAUGGCUCUUGGUCCAUUGGUGAUGACAACUUCCUGAAGAUCACAAAUUUCCUGUAUAGCACCAUUGGAUCUUUAGAUCUAAUUGGACCGGAUGGCACUCAGGUGGCCAUUGCUCAGUUCAGUGAUGAUGCUCGGACAGAGGUCCAGUUGAGUUCCCAUGGCAACAAGGAAGCAUUGCUUGAAGCGAUUCAGAGGAUCAGAUACAAGGGAGGCAACACAAAGACAGGUCGAGCCAUCAAACAUGUAAAGGAGUCCAUUUUCACCUCAGAUGCUGGAGCCAGGAGGGGGGUACCCAAAGUCCUAGUUGUUCUUACUGAUGGACGUUCUCAAGAUGACGUGAAUAAAGUGUCCAAGGAAAUGCAGAUGGAGGGAUACAUCAUCUUUGCAAUCGGCUUUGCGGAUGCAGAUUACGGAGAACUAGUCAACAUCGCCAGUAAGCCUAACGAUAGGCAUGUCUUCUUCGUGGACGAUUUGGAUGCUGUGAAGAAAAUCGAGGAGCAGCUCAUUACUUUUGUCUGUGAGGCCGCCACUGCCACGUGUCCAUCUAUGAUGAUGAGUGGAAACACCAUGGCUGGUUUUCGAAUGAUGGAGAAGUUUGGCCUGGUGGAGAAGGAGUACAGCACUUUAGCUGGGGUUUCUCUCGAGCCAGGCUCAUUCAACAGCUACCCCUGUUACAGGUUACACCGCGAUGCCAUGGUGUCACAACCCACAAAAUACCUCCACCCUGAAGGCUUACCCUCUGACUACACCAUCUCGAUGAUGAUCCGCUUGCUUCCCGAAACUCCACAAGAGCCCUUUUCAUUGUGGGAAAUCCUCAAUAAGGACAAAGAGCCAUUGGUGGGACUCAUCUUGGACAACUCUGUGAAGACUCUGACGUUCUUCUGCUAUGACUACAAGGGAGACUUUCAGACUGUCACCUUUGAAGGAACUCAAAUAAGAAAACUCUUCCAUGGCAGCUUCCACAAGCUGCACGUGACCAUCAGCAAGACGGCAGUGAAGGUUGUGUUGGACUGCGCCGCUGUUGGAGAAAAAGGCAUCAGUGCGGCCGGGAACAUUACCACGGAUGGCAUGGAGGUCCUGGGGCGCAUAGUGCGGUCCCAAGGCAGACUGGACAACUCUGCCCCGUUCCAGCUCCAGAUGUUUGACAUCAUCUGCAGUACUUCCUGGGCCAGCAGGGAUAAGUGCUGUGAACUGCCAGCCUUGCGAGUUGAAGAGGACUGCCCCUCAAUGCCUCACUCAUGUGCCUGUUCCCAAGACAGCAAAGGACCGCCAGGACCCUCCGGACCCCCUGGUGGUCCAGGCAUAAGAGGGGCACGAGGAGACAGAGGGGAACCUGGAGUGACGGGACCUCAUGGGCCUGUGGGAGAGAUUGGCCCUGCUGGACCACCAGGACAGUCGGGUCCUCAGGGACCCAGCGGCCUUUCUAUUCAAGGGCCUCCGGGGGCUGCUGGGGAGAAGGGAGGGCAAGGAGAGAUCGGUCCAGUUGGCCCAACGGGUGUUCCUGGAAACCAAGGCUCCCCUGGUAGAGAUGGCCCCCCAGGAUCGAGGGGUCCGCCAGGUAAUAACGGACCUCAGGGCCGACAGGGACCACCGGGGCCACUUGGAACCCCGGGUGCACCUGGAGCUCCAGGACCGAAUGGGUCAGCAGGACCCCACGGGAAUCAAGGACUUCCUGGACCUGGUGGCAUCAAAGGAGACAAAGGAGAAAGAGGUGACAUGCAAACCCCAGCAGCCGUGCGCACUAUUGCACGCCAAGUAUGUGAGCAGCUCAUUCAGAGCCACUUGUCUCGCUACAACUCCAUCCUCAACCAGAUCCCAGUCCAGUCAGACGUGUCCGUGCGCACAGUACCAGGACCGCCCGGUGAGCCCGGUAGAAGAGGUCCCCCAGGAACCCAGGGAGAACAAGGGUCAGCCGGCAGGCCUGGUUUCCCUGGUUCUAAUGGGCAGAGUGGACGACCAGGAGACAGAGGUCCGCCUGGAGCGAAGGGCGAGAGGGGGAGUCCAGGUGUUGGAAAUCAGGGACCAAGGGGACCCCCUGGACCGCCAGGUUUGCCAGGCGAGGGGCGCACAGGCAGCCAGGGCCCUCUCGGUCGCCCUGGUAACCCCGGGGCACCUGGGAGGCCGGGCAAUGCUGGGACCGCCGGACCAGCUGGACCUCCAGGAUACUGUGACCAGAACUCCUGUUUGGGGUAUAAUGUUGGAGACUAA